GAUUGCGCUCAGAUUCUACGGGAACGGGGCCUUUCAAAAUACUGUGGGAGACAUGAUUAAUGUUCAUCGCACAACUGCAUGUCGGGCUAUAAGACAAGUUUCAUUGGCUCUCCAGCUCCGCCUUAGGAACUAUAUUCACCUACCCACACAAGAAGAAGCAGCGAAAUCCAGGCAAGAUCUUUUGUUAAAAUCAGGUAUACCUGGUAUUGUCGGAUGCAUCGACGGUACUCAUGUUCGCAUUCAGGCCCUCUCUGAACAUGAGUAUUUGUAUGUUAAUAGAAAGGGUUACCAUUCUAUAAAUGUUCAAAUUGUGUGCAACUCGGACAUGGGCAUUGUCGACCUCGUUGCAAGAUGGCCUGGGUCGACCCAUGAUGCUCGCAUCCUGAGAGAGAGCGCCCUUCAACGGGAAUUUGAGGCAGGGAGAGUGAAUGGUCUUCUUCUCGGAGACAGUGGAUACCCUCUGAAGCGAUGGCUAAAGACACCUGUCAUCGCAGAGAGAACUGCACAAGAGCGCCGCUAUAACGAGAAGCAUACACAAAGGAGGAACAUUGUAGAGCGCUGCAUUGGAGUGCUCAAACGUAGGUUUCACUGCCUCCACAGUGAAAUGCGAAUGCACCCUGAGUGCGUCUGCGUGAUCAUUGCUGCACAACAUCUGUGUGAAAAAGAGAAUCCCCCUUCAAGGAGAAUUGGCACUGGAGGUGGAUGAGAACCCUGUGGCUCCUGCUGGCAUCUGUGACGAUAUCGGUGGACGACUUACCCGC